AUGGAAUUAAUCUCACAAAAAUUAAAAUUUCAGGAUAUUGAUAUGGACCUCAUUCCGACAGCAAAGUGGUCAACAAAAAUACAGUAUAUUUUAUAUACCUGGUGUCAAUCAGUACUACAUGUGGCCAUGUUUUCUUCUGAUAUAUAUACAUGUGUUAAAUUGCUGGCAUUUAAUACAUGGUCAAAUAACAUCAUUCAACCUUUUUUGGCGUUUCGUAUUUCUAAAUGGUUGUUUAGCGGUUGCAUAUUGUGCUCUUCGUUGAUAUUAAUUGUGGAACUGAUAAUUGGAUUGAAAGUUUUUAAGAAGAAAGAGAUUACACCGAACUAUAUGAAUGGCGUUAGCAGAUUAAUGAAUUGUCUAUUCAAUUUUAGAAAGUAUCAAAUUUUUGAGUUGAUAGUAUUGAAAGAUGAGAAAAAAUUUGGAAAAUGGUUAUUUUUUUCAUAUUUCGAAAUCAGUGGAUGUUUGAAGCUAUUACUUGGUGACUCUCCAAGACAAAUAAUAAACGGAUUAACUUUAUGGUCAGUGCUACUAACAGUUUCAAAUGAGACCAGUAGUAAAGCUAACAGUACACAAAACCUGGGUAAUUUGGACAAUCUGAAUGGAAUAAUAAACAAGAUAAAACAUAUUGCUAAAACAAAUUAUGAAGAAAGUGUGAUUUUGUCUUUCAUGCUGUUUUCUUUUAUCAUAUGGGUAAUUCUAAUAAGCAAGCUAAUCUUAAGUAUAGUAAUAUUCAUUGUAUUUAUACAUCCGAGAUUCUUAUCGAAUGAAAAGAAGGUGAAAGGGUAUGAAUUGAGAUUAAGAAAGUAUGUCUCUAAAGUUAUCGAUGACAACUUAAGUAAGACGGUCUGUGAAUUGGGGAUAUUGAGAGAUGAAGAAGAAGAAACAAUCAUAUAUGAUGACAAUGAAAUGAAAAAAAGCCUUGACUAUGACAAUUUAAGUUGUAGUGAUCAAGGUACGAUACCAAGUUAUUACUGCUACUCUGAUGGAGAAGCGUUCGAAAGGGUAUAUACACCUAUAAAGGCAUACUUCCCCCAGAAAUACAAGUAUAAAUGUAUGCGAAUGUAA